AUGGCCUCUGAAGUGGCAGCGUUAAAAGAAGACAUUGCCCACUCGACUGCUGCAAUGCAGUUGGCAACUCAAAAUCUUACGGAACAGCUUCAUAGGCUUUCCGAACAUCAGACAGUGGCAGAUGAGUGCCUCGCACGAGCCUUAGAAGCCCUAGUGCCACUGCCUGAACAACCUCUCAUAGCACGAGCUACAAGAGAACAGUCUGCAACCCCAUGGGAAACAUUGGACACACCAAGGGAGCAUAUGGAACCAAGUUUUUCAGGUCUGGUGCCUCCAAUCCAAGUGCCAGCAGCCCCAUGGGCCAGCGACACUAAGGUCGAUUCCUUGAAAGCAAAGGACAUACCUGAGUUUAUGGGCAAAAGAAACCAAGAUGUUGAAGAAUGGCUCAACAAAGUCCAACUUCUUCAAAAUGUUAGCGCAAUGUCAGAUGCCAGGAUGGUACAGCUCCUACCAGCCAUGAUAGCCAAGAAAACCCCUGCCAAUGCUUGGUUUUACACUCUGGAAGCCCAGGAAACUUGCUUGUGGACCUGGAAAAGGUGGAAAGAAGAACUGCUUCAAGAGUUCUGA